AUGAGCCCUGCUGGUCCUGCCGCCACGGAACUUUCCGACCGUGGAGCUGACGCCGCGGCUACCAACGACGCGACUGCGAAUGCGGGCAUUGCUACCCCGGGCGAUGAUGAUACCAGCCGUACGAUUGAGAAGGAGAGCGCUCCGGGCAAGACGAGUACGGAUGGCGGAGAUGAAGGGCGGGACAGCGGUGAUCGAGAAGCAAGUGGGGAGGUGAAUGAGAAGGAUGGUGCGGUUGUUCAGAGUCAGGGAGCAGAAGCGGCUGAGGAAGAGGAGGGAGAAGACGAGUCCAAACAUUUGCAUGGGACGAAGUUGGCGCUGUUGACGUUUGGAUUGGCGUUGGCUACGUUUGUGGUUGCAUUGGAUAACACGAUCAUUGCGACGGCGAUUCCUCGGAUUACGACUGUGUUCGACUCACUCAACGACGUAGGCUGGUAUGGAUCCUCAUAUCUCCUCACCACCACUUCUCUUCAACCAUCGUUCGGGAAGAUAUACACCUACUUCGACGUCAAAUGGGUCUACCUCUCCGCUCUGCUCAUCUUCGAGCUCGGAUCUGUCAUCUGCGCGGCAGCGACCAGUUCAACGAUGCUCAUUGUCGGACGAGCGGUGGCAGGAGUGGGAGCCUCGGCGUUGUUCAGCGGCGGCAUGACGAUCGUUGCAUAUUCGGUACCGAUGCGGAAGCGAGCGCUGUAUAUCGCGGCGUUGUCGAGUAUGUUUGGCAUUGCGUCCGUUGUGGGACCGAUUCUGGGAGGAGCUUUUACAGAUAAUUUGACUUGGAGAUGGUGCUUCUGGAUCAACUUGCCCUUUGGCGGAAUCAGCAUAGCCGUAGUCUUCUUCUUCUUCAGCAACCCACCUCGCCGCUACACCCACAUGACCUUUCGCGAAAAAGUCCGCCAAAUCGACAUCGCAGGCGCCUUCUUCCUCAUCUGCGCCAUCGUCUGCCUGCUGCUCGCCCUUCAAUGGGGCGGGUCCGUCUACCCCUGGUCCAACAGCAAAGUCUGGGGCAACAUCCUCGGCUUCGGACUCCUGAUCAUCGUCUUCGUCGCACUGCAGUUCUACCUCGGAGACCGCGCGACGAUGCCGCCGAGAAUUCUGAAGCAGAGGACUGUGGCAGCUUGCGCGAUCUUCUCAACGUUUCUAGCGAUGGCUCUCUACGCGCACAUCUACUACCUCCCCUUCUACUUCCAAGCCGUCAAAGGCGCCACAGCCGAACAAUCCGGCAUCCGAACAAUCCCAUACUUGGUCAGCAUCACCCUCUCCUCCAUCGUCGUCGGCGCCACAAUCACCACUUUCGGACCCUACAAUCCUCCCAUGUGGUUCGGCGGCGUCGUCUUCUGCAUCGGCUCCGGUCUGCUCUACACUCUCCACCCCUCCUCCAACCCGGGCCACUGGAUCGGCUACCAAAUCCUCGCGGGCAUCGGAGCCGGAGCGUGCGUUCAAAUUCCGUUUAUAGCGGUGCAGGUCGUGUUGAGCGAGAAGGAUAUGCCGAUUGGGAAUGCGGUUGCUAUCUUUUUCAAUUCUCUGGGUGGGGCGAUUAGUGUGAGUAUUGCACAGAAUAUUUUCAGCAACACUCUCAUCGAAGAGAUGCCGAAAUUGGCGCCGGCGGUGGAUGUUAUGAAGGUCAUUAGUGCGGGCGCGACGGGCAUUCGAGCGGAGGGUGUGGUGCCCGAGGGAAGCCUGCCGGGGGUGGUGUUGGCGUACAACAAGGCUGUGACGACGGCGUUCAUACUGCCGGUGGCUGUCAGUGGGAUGGCGUUCCUGGCCUCAGCAUUCAUGGAGUGGAAAUCGGUCAAGGGCAAGAAGCUGAUGCCGGGUGGCGCAUGA